AUGUACCUCGGAUUCGGACGACUUCCAAAACAUGUCACCUUUACCACGACCGAUCCAGAACUCCUCCCGGUCCCGUCGCCAGAUUACCUGGCCCUUCAUGCAGCAUGUGCCAAGGUAGCUCAUCUUUCUGGUGCUGCGAAGUACAUCGACAAAGUGUUGGAAGACCUCGAAGAAAUGCCCGUGCUCUCGGAGGACGGUAGUUCGGCCAGACUGCUCGAAGACGCACUUCUCCACGCUAGCAGCCGUUCUCCUGUUUGGGUUUGA